AUGGAAGUCCACGCCUGCCGUAUUGAUACCGAAAACACAAUUCUCCGUGACGAGUUGAACAAGUUUUGGCAAAUUGAGUCGAUCGGUGACGGAGAAAACGAAAACGUAUUAUCUUCCUUUAAACAAACUCUUGAAUUCAACGGUGAACGCUACGUGACCGAAUUACCAUUUCGUCCUGAUCAUGAUAAACUUUCCGAUAAUUUUGCAGUUUCGAAACAACGCUUAGAUUCUCUUGUUAACAAACGAUUACGAAAUGAACCUGAUUUAGCUGUGCAAUACAACGACGUUUUUGAAGACUACGAAUCGAAACAGAUUAUAGAAAAAGUUCCAGAAAGUGAGAUAGCUUGCGAAAAUGCUUACUACCUUCCGCAUCAUCCGGUUGUACGCCAAGAUAAAAGUACAACGAAAGUUCGUCCUGUUUUUGAUGGAUCUUGUGCCGUUCACAAACCAUCCCUCAAUGACAUUUUGUACUCUGGUCCUAAUUUACUUGCUAAGGUGUUUGACAUUCUGCUGAGAUUCCGUACGAACUACGUCGCUUUAGUUGCUGAUAUUCAACAAGCCUUCUUGAAUAUUGAAAUCGCUGAGAAAGACCGUAAUUAUCUUCGUUUUUUGUGGAAAGAAAACCCUACAGAGAACGAUUCAAAGCUCAUUAUCUAUCGAUUUCUGCAUGUCGUGUUUGGGUUAACGUGCAGUCCGUUUUUACUCAAUGGGACAAUCCAACACCACUUGGAGACUUACGAAAUUAUCUGCCCCGAAAUUACUGAUGUUUUGAAGGAUGACUUGUACGUCGAUGACCUAACAACCGGUACCGAUACCGUAACUAAAGGCAAGAAACUUUACGAAAUUAGUAAACAAAUCAUGAAAGAAGGAGGGUUCAAUUUGCGAAAAUGGGCUACUAAUAACAAUGAAUUACAAACUUUUAUAGAUAAAAUUGAGAAAGUGAAUUCUGAACCGAAUAGCGACAAAACUGUUAACCCCAAAGUAUUAGGGGUCGAGUGGGACAUCGACAGAGAUAUUCUAGUGUACCGAUUUGACGAGUUAUUGAAACGAGCGAAAGAACUGUUUCCAACAAAAAGAAACAUUUUACGUAUAUCUGCUUCAUUUUAUGACCCGUUGGGCCUGAUCGCACCAAUCACCACCAAAGUAAAGGUUCUUUUCCAGAAAUGUUGUCAACACAAGUCCGACUGGGAUGAUCCACUGCAAGGGGAACUGCUUAAACAAUGGAGAGAUAUAUUGAACGAUUUUGCGAAUUUACAAACUUUUGAGAUACCACGUUAUUUAUUCUGUGAACCGCGUCAUGAAAUUCAAUCAAUUAAACUGCAUGGAUUUUGUGAUAGCUCGACGAUUGCCUACGCUGCUGUGAUUUAUGCAAAAAUACGAACUAACCUCGGCGUAAGUGUUUCGCUAGUGACUGCUAAAACGAAAGUUGCGCCCCUAAAGCCGCAUUCUGUUCCACGUUUAGAAUUGCUAGGAUGUGCUCUCUUAGCAAAGUUGAUGAGCCAUGUGCUUAAUGCGAUCAAUGGUAGAUUGAAAGUUGAUCGUUUUUUCGGUUGGUCAGAUUCGGAAGUUGCCCUUUGUUGGCUAAAAGGCAAAUUGAAGCAGUGGAAGCCAUGGGUAGAAAACAGAGCUGUUUAUGUUCGAUCAGUCAUUCCAUCGGAAUCAUGGUUUCACGUUUCCACCAUUCAUAACCCCAGUGAUAUACCUACCAGACCAGACAAAAUUGGUGACUUCAAUUCAAAUUUGUGGUUAAACGGUCCUGAAUUUCUGUCUGAUUCCAGCUUUGUUCCACCUGAGUUUUAUGUCAACAAACAUUCAUUUGAUGUUUUGUCAGAAGAGAAGAAAGGUCAUGUCACUACUAACAUUAGUCAUUCCACUCAUCAUUGUCAUUCGCAGUUACAUGAUAUUAUAGACGAGACUAAGUUUAGCUCACUGAAAAAGCUUAUAACUACCAUUGGAUAUGUUUACAGAUUUGCGAAUAAAUUGUUAAAUCGAAUUCGAAAAAGAGACUUAUCAGUAUGCAACGAUCGUGAACUGUCGACUCAAGAAUACAAAAGUGCAUUUGAUAUUUUGAUUACAAACAAUCAACGAAAACUUCGAAACAACCAAAACUACUUCAACAAACUUUCGUCCGCCCUGAAGUUGUUUUAUGAUGAGAAAGGAGAUUUACGUGUUAAAGGACGUUUUGGUGAGAAUAAAAAGCUUUCAUAUGACGAAAGAUGCCCACGAAAAAACAUUUCAUCAAGGCGUAGAAGCGACACUCAACAUGUUACGAAUGAAGUUUUGGAUUCCAAAAGGUAG